AUGGAUUCAUAGACGGAAGGGGUUAGUGUAUGUCUGACCAUCUUGGAGAGUGGUUAAGGUGCACAUAUAUUUAUUAUUCUUGGCGUAUCCGUCACACUGUGACUGUCAUUCUACGAUUAUAUAAUUUUCGUAGAGUUUACAACACCACGCCACAAAAAUGAGUAUAUACCCGUCCAUCAUAGCUUUGACCAUAGUGACCCUGUGGCUUCCAUAUGGGAUUUCAGUCCCAGGGUUUGGAUGGGAUCCACAUCUUAAAGGCUCUACCUGCGUGGACCCUGGCUAUUUUGUGAAUCCUCACGACUGCACCAGGUUCUUUCGAUGUGUGGACCACAGUACUUCAGAAGGCCCGCUCUUAAUUCGAUACGACUUUGACUGUCCACAUGGGACCGUGUUUGAUGAAGGGGCAAAGGUGUGUAUCCACGCCAGAGAUGGGAUUUGUAGAGGUUGGGGUUCACCACUAGGAUGGGGUGUACCCCCAUUCAAGAAGGGUUGGGGAUGGCCUGGACCUCUGGAUGGGUGGAGCAAACCAGGCUGGUCUGCACCCAAAGGUCGAAAACCAUUGCCAAAGGGGGGCUGGAAAGGUGCACCCGUUCAAUUGGCAGCUGAAGACGACGACGAAGGUUCCUCUUGGGCUUGGGGACAGCCGUCCAACAGUUUUUGGAGUUUUACGCCGGGAAGUUCAUACGUCGUGGUGUAUGAUAACCGUGGUCGCGACCAGAAGCGGUCAGUUGAAUUGCCAUGAAAUAAAUAAUUAUUUAAUUAUUCUACAACUGCAAUUAGUUUCGAGUACAGUUUGUACAGCAAAUAUGUAUGAACACAGAAGUCUCAUCUGUGGUAUAAAGCUUACAGCCACUUGUUUUGUAUCAACUUUUUCUAUUUUCCAAGGGUCCUAAAUUGUUAAUAUUAGCAGAUACGGGUUUGCUUAAAAUUAUGUUCAAAGGUUAAUAAAACUUGCACAUUUUCAUCAUUUCAAUUCGA